AACUACCCCAGGUCGGCGCUCAAAACCAUCCUCUCCCUCUCUCUCUCUCUCAAAUUGCAGCCACAGCCCCCACCUCAAAAUGGCUCUGAACUCGGAUCAUGACCGAUCACCCCUCUCUUAUAAGCAACAGUGCCUCUCCUCCACCGCCUUUGAAUUCCCCUUUGACCAAUACCCCCAUAUAUACCCACCCAACCCCCCCCCAUUUCUCACCCAAUACACACCCGAAAACCAGUACUCUGUUUUCUCUACUCUGUUUUUUUGGUGCAACAAAUCCAAUAGGUUGAUUUUAUGUAUCCGAGAGAUGACGAGAGGUUUCCAAAACCUCCUACGUCAAUUUCGGGUCAAUUGGACUGUGUGGGAGAGCCGCAGCCGCAGCCGCUUCAGUGUCUGCAGGGGACUCCGGUGCCGCCGUUUCUGUCCAAGACGUUUGAUUUGGUGGACGACCCAUCGCUGGAUUUGAUCAUAUCGUGGGGUUCUACUGGAAGAAGCUUCGUGGUUUGGGACCCUGUGGAGUUUUCGAGGCUCAUCUUGCCUCGGAAUUUCAAGCACAGCAAUUUCUCGAGCUUUGUCCGCCAGCUUAAUACUUAUGGUUUUCGCAAGAUCGAUACAGAUAAGUGGGAGUUUGCAAAUGAAGCUUUCCUGAGGGGCAAAAGACAUUUGUUGAAGAACAUCCAGAGGCGCAAGUCAUCUCAGUCCUUGCAGAUUGAGAGCUUUACUGGGCCUUCUGCUGAAGCAGGAAGGCCUGGACUCGAAGGUGAGAUAGAGUCACUGAGGAACCAGAGGAGUCUGUUAAUGCAGGAGGUCGUUGACUUGCAACAGCAGCAGCGAGGUACAGUUCACCAUAUGAAAGAAGUGAAUGAGAGGCUGCAGUCUGCUGAGCAGAGACAGCAGCAGAUGGUUUCUUUCUUGGCCAAGGUGCUUCAAAACCCAGCAUUCUUAGCCAGGCUUCAACGGAAGAAAGAACAGAAAGGUAUAGGCUCUUCCUCUGGGCAGAGGAAAUUUGUUAAGGCGCGUGAACGUGAACCAGGUAGAUCUGAUUCUUAUGUGGAAGGGCAAAUUGUGAAGUACGAACCUGCUUGGAGAAACCAUACCAUGUCGUCUGCAGUCCCAUAUGUAAAUCCAGUUCCUAUUGAAAACUCUCCAGAUCAUGGUAUGCCAUUUCAAUUUGAGAAUAUUGCAUUUGAUGGGUUAAUGGUCUCGGAUGAACUAGAAGUAACACCAGAGCAAGAGGGUGAAGGGGCAUCAAGCAUGGUAAUUGAAGAUCCACUUUCCAAAGGCAAGAGUGUUGUGACCCAACAACAAGAGGUUAAUCCCGAGCCUUACAUCUCUUUCCAGGAGGAUUUGAUGAAGGAGAGGAGUACUUUUGAGGAACUCUCAUUUCCAGGGAUUGAGAGCAUGGUUAAACCAGAUGAUGUAUGGAGUAUGGGUUUUGAUGCCAGUGCUGGUAUGUCAAGUUCUAGCAGUGGGUUUUGGAGUAAUCCGAUCAACUGUGAUAUGCCAGAGAUGGGAAUCCCAGACGGAUUGUUUGAUAUCUGGGACAUAGGAGCACUGCAAGCAGCAGGAGGGUCUGGCAUUGAUAAGUGGCCAGCUGAUGAAUCUGCAUUCGAUGAGCGUGCAAGUCAAGAUGAACUGCCAAAAGAUGAUUAGCUAAUAAUAUUGGUCCAUAGAGCUGCAUUUCUUGCCCAUUUGCUGCCCUUGAGGAUCCUAGUUAUUUUUAGUUGCAGGGGUCUAUUAUUUGGACGAUUUGUUGAUGAAUAUAUUAAGUUUGACAGUUCCAUUCUUUCUUUA